AAAUCCGUCAACUUUCCAACAUCGACCCUCCGAGCAGCAAACCGCCACGAUGUUGAUCCCCAAGGCCGACCGCAAGAAGAUUCACGAGUACCUCUUCCGCGAGGGUGUCCUCGUCGCGCAGAAGGACUUCAACCUCCCCAAGCACCCCGAUAUUGACACCAAGAACCUGUUCGUCAUCAAGGCUGCUCAGUCCCUCACUUCCCGCGGCUAUGUCAAGACCCAGUUCUCCUGGCAAUACUACUACUACACCCUGACCCCCGAGGGUCUCGACUACCUCCGGGAAUGGCUUCACCUGCCUGCCGAGAUUGUUCCUGCUACCCACAUCAAGCAGCAGCGAUCACACGCUCCUCCCCGUGGCAUGCUCGGCGAGGGCGAGCGUGAGCGACGACCUUUCGGCCGUGGACGUGGCGGCGACCGUGGUGACCGUGAGGGUGGAUACCGAAGAAGGGAUGCUGGUGAGGGCAAGGAGGGUGGUGCUCCCGGCGAGUUUGCUCCUCAAUUCCGUGGUGGCUUUGGCCGUGGACGUGGUGCUGCUCCUCCUUCCUAAACGAAUUCUGUCUCUUUCGGGGUUAACACAAUCUUAUGAUGCAUGGCGCAUUAAGACAACGGCAUGUAGUCUAAAAAACGUGAGGCAAUCCUCACCAUGAGUCCACUCAUGAAGAAAAUGGGACGUGAGGGGGGAUAUCGUGGGAGUUCUUGGAGGUUAGAUCCUCGGAAAUCAUUUGCAUCAGGGUCAAUGUUUGCCAUCAACGAGAUAAUUUUCUUUUAUGCUUACAUGUGAGACGUGCACUCUGGUGAAGGGAUCAUUGAAUAUGUCGAGUGAAAAAUCUGAAGAAUGGGUGAUUAGCCGACCCAGCUCCUUGGGAGUACCGGCAGGUUAUGAAGAGGUUGAUAGAGAGUUGAAAUUGGCUCAAUUGAUAUCCUUCCUCGCCUCACUAUUACAGACCAUAUGCAAAGUGAUAUUUGAAGCUCUUACUUCAAUGACCUCAUACCAGUUUUUGCC